AGCUGCUCAUAGACAUAUAUAAUAAUAAUAACAACAACGAGAGCGGCUUACAGAGAUACACACACACAGAGAGAGAGUAGAAACUGCCCCAGGGUGUGGAGAAUAAGAGUAACAAGAAGAAGAAGAAGAAGAGGAGCAGUAAAGCCAGGCGCGGAGUUGCGGUGUUGGAUACCCGGCAGGAAAAGCAGGAUUUGUACUAUGAUGGUUUUGCCGGCGGGCGGGUUGCAGAGUCGCCGCUGCUUGAUAACCGCGCUGGCGGCCGCUUUAGUGAUCCUGAACACGGCGAGAUCAGGGUCGGCCGCCACCACCUGCAGCUCCAACUACUUCCAGUGCGCGAAUGGACUGUGCGUGACGACCCGCUGGAUCUGUGACGGGACCGACGACUGCGGUGAUGGGAGCGACGAGCUGGAGGAAACGUGCAGAGCAAAGACCUGCAAGCCGGAUGAGUUCAGCUGUGGGGGGCGGCUCAACCAGUGUGUGCCCUCCGGGUGGCGCUGUGACUACAAGCCGGACUGCGAGAACGGCGCGGACGAGGAGGAUUGUGCCCCGAAGGUCUGCAGUGAUGACGAAUUCCGCUGCCGCGACGGCAGGUGCAUCUCGCUGCAGUUCGUGUGCGACGAGGACCGCGACUGCGAGGAUGGCAGCGACGAGGACUCCUGCCCAGCUCCCACCUGCGGCCCGGACAUGUUCCAGUGCAACAACUCUGUGUGCAUCCCGUGGCUCUGGGCUUGCGACGGAGACUCCGACUGCACCGACCACUCGGACGAGUCUCCGCAGAGCUGCCCGGGGCAAGCCCCGCCCCCCUCCCCCUGCUCCUCGCUGGAGUUCCACUGCGGGAGCGGGGAGUGCGUGCAUGUGAGCUGGAGGUGUGACGGAGGGAACGACUGCCUGGACCGCUCGGACGAAGCCCACUGCCCUAUGACAACCUGUCGCCCGGAUCAGUUCCAGUGCGAUGACGGGACCUGCAUUCACGGGAGCCGGCAGUGCGACAAGGAAUCCGACUGCAAGGACUCCAGUGACGAGCGCGGCUGUGCCAAUGUAACCAAGUGCGAGGGGCCAGCGAUGUUCCAGUGCCGCAGUGGGGAGUGCAUCCACAUGGACAAAGUGUGCGACAAGCAGAGAGACUGCCGGGACUGGUCUGACGAGCCCAUCAAACAAUGCGGCGCCAACGAGUGUCUGAAAAACAACGGCGGCUGCUCCCAUGUCUGCAACGAUCUCAAGAUCGGCUUCGAGUGCCUGUGCCCCUCGGGCUUCCGUCUGCUUGACCGGAACAGAUGCGAAGAUAUCGAUGAGUGCGAGAACCCGGACGCUUGCAGUCAGAUCUGCGUGAACCUCCAGGGAGGGUUCAAGUGUGAAUGCAGCGAGGGAUACCACAUGGACCCCUUUACCAAGGACUGCAAAGCCAUUGGCACCGUGGCUUAUCUCUUCUUCACAAACCGCCACGAAGUGCGCAAGAUGACCCUGGACCGCAGCGAGUACACGAGACUCAUCCCUCAGCUGAAGAAUGUGGUGGCGCUGGACAUGGAGAUCAACGCCAACAAGAUCUACUGGUCAGACCUCUCCCAGAAAAAGAUCUACAGCGCCCACAUGGACAAGGCUCACAACUCCUCGCACCAUGCCACGGUGAUUGGCGAGUCCAUCCAGGCUCCGGACGGCAUCGCUGUGGACUGGGUCCACGGUAACAUCUACUGGACGGACUCCCAGAUCAGCACCAUCUCCGUGGCAACCACCGACGGCAGCCGCCGCAAAACGCUGUUCAUGGAAGGGCUGACCCGGCCACGGGCCAUCGUGGUGGACCCACUGCACGGCUUCAUGUUCUGGACCGACUGGGGUACCCCUGCAAAGAUCGAGAAAGGAGGGCUGAAUGGCGUCAAUCGAGUCACUUUGGUCUCAGAAGGAAUCGAGUGGCCCAACGGCAUCACCUUAGACAUGCUGAACCAGAGGCUUUACUGGGUUGACUCGAAGCUCCACACCCUGUCCAGCAUCGAUGUGCAGGGAGGCAACCGAAGAACGGUGAUCAUGAGCGAGAACAAGCUGGCCCAUCCCUUCUCCCUCACCGUCUUUGAGGAGAAGGUUUUCUGGACUGACAUUGAAAACGAAGCCAUCUUCAGCGCCAACCGCCUGACGGGAGGUGACAUCGUGGCAGUCGCGGAGAACGUGGCGUCUCCCGAAGACAUUGUCCUCUACCACAAUCUGAAACAACCCACCGGUGUGAACUGGUGCACGAAGAGUAACCUCCUGAACGGAGGCUGUGAGUACCUGUGCCUUCCUGCCCCCCAGAUCACCAGGCACUCUGCCAAGUACACCUGUGCCUGCCCUGAUCACAUGAGGCUGGCUGCAGACAUGAGCAAGUGUGUGCCAGAAGGGGAGGACCCUGUGACCCCCACGAAGGCUCCCACGCAGCCCACAACCUCCACUACCAAGACAAGAGAUGCCUCCACUACCUCCCCCACCACCACCACCACCUCCCCUGCCUCCCCAAAGAGCAGCAUUGAAGCUGGGGCUGGCAGGAUCUCUCCGCCCAGCGACCGGGCGCUGAUCACCCUCUCCCAUCAAGCUCAAAAUGGCGUGAAUGCUGAAGCCAACACAGAAAGCCAUUCCUCUCCCACUGCACUUUAUAUUGUAUUACCAAUAGUUAUCCUGUGUCUGGUUGGGUUUGGUGCCUUCUUGCUGUGGAAGAACUGGAAAUUGAAAAACACAAACAGCAUCAACUUCGAUAAUCCCGUCUACCAGAAAACAACCGAGGAUGAGAUCCACAUCUGCAGAACACAGGAGGGCUACUCCUACCCAUCGAGACAGAUGGUCAGUCUGGAAGACGAGGAAGCGUGAUCACAGACCAGGAGAACAAAAAACAAAUCCGGCGUGGUGCUGAUGGGGUGGGGGUUGAAUAUACUGCUGCUUUAGGGUCGAUUCCUAAGACUGCUCACCUCCUGUGUCCUUAGAAGACCCGAAAAAAAAAAAAAAAAAAAAAAAAAAAAAAAAAAAAACCAAAAAAACAAAAAACCUAAAAACUUGAGAGUGUGGACUUCACCAAGCUACAGACUUGCGGAGUUUGAUUUUAAUUAUUUUGUACUUUGUCUUGCAUAUGAAGGAGAACGAAUGAAACACGAGGCUUGUCUUGAUACACUCUGGAUGUUGGAUGAUGAUGAUUAUUAUUCACAUUUUUUUUUUCUGGGGGGAAAAAGGUUGUCAAGAAAUAGAGAGACCCUCUAUGAAAAACGAACAGUCCCGCAAAGAAGAGCCGCUGCGCUCUGAAGAUGUUUUUAUUUUCUAUUCUGUGCUCGCUUUCUGAUCUCCUGCACAGCGCCUCUGUGUAUUUUGAUCUCCACUGAAGUUUACUGUUCUUGUUAUGGUUAUGGUUAUUAAUAAGAUCAGGAUGUAUAUUUUUAUUCAGAUUUGUACAUAUGAUUGCAUUGCACUUUUUGUUUUGUGUGUGUGUUUGUGUGUGUGUGUGUGUUCAAAAGCGAGAGUUGCACUCGGCAGGCAAUGAGAGCCGCGCCGUGGUUCAGAUUUCCCAUCUGUUGCGUGUUUUUAAUCUAGUCUGUGCAGAGUUCUAGAAGGAGCGUGCAUGUUUGGAUCUGUUUAAAACAAAUCACUAAAGCCUUAAAAGCAAGGGUUAACAUUGCUACAGCAAUUGCCUAUUUGUAUGAAGCAGGCUUCACUGUGUUUUGAAUGCAAUAUCGGCUCAGGUCUGUAACACCUUCCAGUUGCCUUAUUUUUUUUGAUAUUUUAAAACUGGCUCAGGACUGUGAAGGGAAAGGCAAAAAUACUCAAAAACAAAACAACAACACUGUGGUAUUGUGGCUGAACUCUUUGUUUUUAAGACAGUAAAAUGAAGGCGAAUCGUGAAUAUUGAGACACUGGUGGUUGCAUAUCUCCCACAAAUAAUGAAAAACGUUUAGUUUCGAAAAGGGAAAAGUGACGUUCAGUGGUUAAUUGUGAUUUUUUUUCCCCUGUGACUUUAUUAACUGUAUAUAUCUUAUGUAAAUAUUCCUGUACAGAAUUGCACAUUUUCGCUUCGUAUGUUUCUGUUGGAAAUGGCCAUCGUGGCUCUACAGUCUAUUAUUUAUUGCAUAAACCACUAGCGACCAUUUUCAUCCUUUUUAAAAAAUGAUCCAUAACUAUUAAACACUGCUACAUUUAGAAACCCUGAAAGAAACGGUAAGAGGUCUAGUCCUAGCGGCAGUUUGUGGGUUUUUUUUUUAUUAUUUAGCAUUUUGUUAUUCUAAAUGCAUUGAAACCGUUGCACAGUGUUUUAUUUCUUGGGCUGUUUGACAUGUCAGUGCCUUUUAAAAAGGGGGGAUAUUUUCUGUGAAACUACGUUUGUACCUCUUGUCUUGCCGUCAAAGAAACUGGUAUGUUUUGCACACUAUCUGGCUUUAGGUACAACAAACAGGUUUUUUUUAAAUACACGAUUCGUCCAAGUGCGUUUGACUAUUGCAGCUUGUACAAGGUGUGAGGUGAAGUUCACUGAUGCAGUUUGAAGUUGAUAAAUCACACGGUACCAUUGUAGCAUCCCUCUGUACAGAGAAGCACAAACACUGGCGCGUUUACAGCAAGGACCAUAUCAGCUGUGAGAUCUGACUUUCUUAAAAAUAAACAACGAAAUGUGUGUAUAAACAUAUUUAUUUAUCAAAUUGUAUAAAGAUGCCAAUCGCAUUGUAAAGAGAUGAAAAUGAUAUGUGUCCGUUACUGUAUAUUAUAAAGAAACUACAUGAAAAUAAA